CGUGUUGCCCUGGAAACCGCUGAACUAUAAAUGAAUGCCAGCGCAUUGCCUGCCUCAUUCAGAACAGAGCACGCCGGCUGGAUUGCCGAGAAAACGCGGUCUUUUCAUUUCACUCAUUUUGGUCUAAUGGGCAAAAAUCUUUGUAAAUGCUUUUUAAGAUCACUUGCUUGAGCAAAGCACACACUGGCCCUGGCCUUGAGGCUUAUCUAAAAGGAUUUAACUUCACUGGUGAACCACCCUGGUUGCGCUGAACCUCUAACAUUUCAGAAUUCCAUCUCUUUCUGUCCAAUUUCUUUUGCAAUUACAAUUUGGUUUGUGGCCAUGACUUCAUUCAACGACUUUGAAUUAACCUUCCUGGAUGAAGGAUUUUGUGCACGGGACAUCGUUGAGCAAAAGAUCAACGAGUCCACAUCAUCAGAUGACAAGGAUGCUUUCUAUGUGGCAGACCUGGGGGAUGUCCUUAAAAAGCACCUUAGAUGGGCACGUGCCUUGCCUCGUGUCACACCUUUUUACGCUGUGAAAUGCAAUGAUAGCAGGACUGUUCUAAGGACACUGGCAACUCUGGGAACAGGCUUUGACUGUGCAAGCAAGACUGAGAUUCAGCUUGUGCAGUCUCUGGGAGUGGAGCCCAGCAGGAUCAUUUAUGCCAACCCCUGUAAGCAGGUGUCGCAGAUCAAGUAUGCUUCUGCACAUGGGGUGCAAAUGAUGACAUUUGACAGUGAAGUGGAACUAAUGAAGGUUGCUCGGAGCCAUGAAAAUGCCAAGCUAGUGCUGCGUAUAGCUACAGAUGACUCUAAGGCAGUGUGCAGGCUAAGUGUGAAGUUUGGAGCCACGCUGAAAAAUAGCAGGCUGCUUUUAGAGCGGGCAAAGGAGCUGGGCCUGGACAUCAUUGGAGUCAGCUUUCAUGUAGGCAGUGGCUGUACUGACCCAGAGACAUACACCCAGGCUAUUGCAGAUGCACGCUGCGUCUUUGACAUGGGGGCUGAAUUGGGCUACAAUAUGACCCUAUUGGAUAUUGGUGGUGGCUUCCCUGGCUCUGAUGAUUCCAAGCUAAAGUUUGAGGAGAUUACUGCUGUAAUUAACCCUGCGCUGGACAAGUACUUUCCUGCAGACUUCGGUGUGAGGAUAAUUGCUGAGCCUGGACGAUUCUAUGUAGCUUCUGCAUAUAUGCUAGCUGUGAACAUCAUUGCUAAAAAGGUCAACAUGAAGGAACAGUCUGGCUCUGAUGAUGAAGAUGAUGGCUCCAGUGAUCGAACUCUAAUGUACUAUGUCAAUGAUGGUGUUUAUGGAUCUUUUAACUGCAUUCUUUUUGAUCAUGCACAUGUGACACCCAUUGUGCACAAGAAACCAAAGCCAGAUGAGCGCAUUUACCCGUGCAGUAUUUGGGGUCCUACCUGCGACGGCUUAGACCGCAUUGUGGAACUGUGUGCCUUGCCUGAUCGGCAGGUAGGAGAUUGGCUGCUGUUUGAAAACAUGGGUGCUUACACUGUGGCUGCCUCAUCAACCUUUAACGGAUUCCAAAAACCAGACAUCCAUUAUGUCAUGUCUAGAUCAGCUUGGCAGCGCAUGCAGCAGAUCCAUGCCCAAGGGAUGCCAGCUCUGGUGGAGGAGCAGAGCUUUGGGCACAUGCCAGGCCACUGUGGGUGUGGAAGCACCCUGGAGCUGCCUCCUACCUCCUGUGCCACCCGUGUGCUCUAGGUCAAAAUUGAUGCAGUACAAAGAGGUGCCGUGCUGCAUUUAAUUGGUCAAAUGGAUGGACUCUCCUGAUGGUUCCCAUUGCUCAAUUGACAGUUAAAUUUCAUCAUAAAAUGGUAAUUAGUACAUGGUAUAUGUGCAGAACAUUGUAGAUGUACACAGGUUGACCAUUUUGUCCUUGCUUCUUUUUACAUGGUUCCUUAACCAGGGAUUAUGGGAGAGCGUUGUGGUAUUUUCAUUUCAUUUGUGAUGGUGGUUUACUGCUGUUUUCCAGCCCACUCUCACAAUUGAUGCAAUGCUAUUUUAAUAUAUUAAACAUUAUGAAGAACCACUCUUCUCAGGAGCUUGGCAUGACCCUUCUUUUGAGCUAGGACCAUUCAUGGAAACCAUACACAUUCCUUUGUUUCUUUACUUUUGAGAUUAUUUUUAGUAAAAUAAUACAUAAGGUAAAAUACUUAAGUAGCAUUAUUUAUGACCUUAAUGCAUUUGAAAUUGGAUUUGAAAGAGGUGGGAUUGCAUUCAUACUGCUUUCCUAUGGAAACUUUUUUUUAAAGCAUUUUUGUAUUGUUUGUUUUUAUAAAUAAAACAUCAAUAAAG